CACAUUUGGGAAUAGUUUCAUUCACAGUAUUAAAGUGCGUUUGACAGCACCAAGUGGACAGUUGAGAUAACAAAGAAGCAAAUCAAACUGAAAUUUCAUAAUAAAUACAAAAAAAUGUUGCGGCUAGAAUUUGUGCUCUUGAUAAUCGUUGGUCUGUCGACCAUAAAUGCCACCACGGUGCAAGAAUGCAAAGAUAAACCCUUUCCAUUGAGUGUGCGUGUGGAGAACUGUGAAGAGCCGCCGUGUGUUGUCUACAAGGGCAGCAGCGCUGUCAUGGAGGUACACUUUUUGGGCAAUAAGAAUGACAUGAGGAACAUAACUGCCAAAACCACAGCUAAGGUAUUUGGCAUGAAUCUUCCUUAUGAACUGCCCGAAGAGGUAUCCGAUGUCUGCUCGAAUCUAAUGUACGGCGCCAUUUGUCCCAUCGAUAAGAACGAGGAUGUAACAUAUAAAUUCAACUUCUAUGUCGAGCCAUCGUUUCCCGAAAUAACAGCUGACGUCACUGUGACACUGAACGAUGAACAAAACGAACCGAUCACUUGUUUCAUCUGCAGUUGUAAACUGCGCAAGGGUACGACUACCCAACGCGAGGAAUUGGUGUUGGAUUGGCGUGUCCAAAACUAAAAGAGAGGAGGGCUUCCACACACCACGACUGUUGCUUCCAGACUGAUUUUGGCAUUCACGACUGGCUGAAUAAUAAACUCUUGACUUGCGAAAUGAUAA